GCGGCUUGGGCAUCCUUGGAGUUCUGUUUAAUGACAGUUUUAAUGUUUUGAUGUCAUUUUAAACCUUGUUCUCAGGGAGGGUGUAUGGACAACUAAUUCCUAUUGACAAUUACAUUGCUGUUGGUUUGAUAGCGAAAGUGGAUAUUUUUUUUUAAUUACUGUAACAGGUUACCAGUACGGGAUCUUUCCCCAAUUGGGUGAGUGUCCCCUGAUUGACUAAACCACUCAAUCGAGUGAGUCAGCACUGGCGGCAAUUUUUCACGACUACCCGAUUGAGUGAGUCAUAACUGGCGAUAAAUUUAGCUAGCUAAAUAUAUAAACAAACCGAAGGUGCUUGGGAGAGACUUAGUUCUUGCCUAGCACCUAGUCAGCUUAAAGCUCUAGAGACAGCUAACUAGCUAUGUUAAAGAUAUCAAUAUUUCUCUACUAUACUUUGUGUCAGAUAUGAUAAAAAUAUGCACAUUUUUCUCUAUAUAGCUUGCUAUACUGGCUUCUUACUAAACUAAUUCCAAGCACAUGUCUAUAAGACAACUAAAAUGAGCUUCAGAGGCACAACACGUGCAACCUAGACUGAAAAUAUGCACCAUGUAGUCAAUCCAACUCAAGAAAUCAUCAAUAGCAUUGGAACGGCACGGUAAAAUUUUUUUUUAAUCUGUGAAACGGCGCAAAAUAAGCUUAUGACUUGAUGUAAACAAAAAUUAUAUUGCACUUUUGGCCAGCGGUGUGCCCUUUUAAGAAGCAAUUUUAAGCAAGAAAAAUACUCACCCGAUUGAGGUAAGUCUCUCCUGAUCGGGUGGUUGCGCACUCAUUCGAUGGAAUAUAAAAUAAGAAAAAUUCUUUUGUAUUGUAUUCUUUACUGCACUUCGCAGGCGCUUUGACUGCCACAUAAUGGGUAAUAGAUUUCCACAGUCGUCUUUCAGAAAUAUUUUAUAUCCGCCUUGAGAUCUACCGUUUCAAAGGUUUGCAAAGGAUGCGUCAUUGUAGACUUCAAGAGUCAAAUUUUUCAUAGUACUCAAAAUAAUAUUUUUGUUUUUUGGCUUUUACCAGAACUUUGUUGCCUUUCAAGAAAUCAUCUAUUGUGGAUGCUCCUAAUUCACAGACUUCAAACAUGAUAUCAGGUCUGACCUGUCCCCUUAACCAGCACAGCCAUCCUAUUAAAGCUCUGAAUUCCCUCAUCUCAUUUUCAUUUAGUGGAGAAUUCUUCUUCCCCUUUCUUUUUUUCUUUUUCUAUUUCAAUAGGUUCAAUUUCCACAACAUACGCAUUUUGGAUGAUUGGAAUAGUAAAAUCACUGUGCUGGUUCAAGCUUAAUCCAUGAUAACGAAAGAUAGUUGAACAUUCAGAUCCAACAAGAAACACUCUCCAUAAGGGUUGUAUAACAUUUUCGAUGAAAUCCUCAUUCCCGCCCCAACAAAAAUCAUCAACAUGUGUGGCCAUUACUCCUGAUAAUUGUUGACCAUGAUGCCAGUAAAAAAUUGCAGGAUCACUCUUGCUGACCGAGCAAUAAGAUUUAUGAGCUCUUCUUUUACACGCAAAUACCAACAGCGAGAAGCAUCCACCAAACCAUAAAUGCAUUUCUUAAGCUUCCACAAGGAAUUUCCAUUAUCAACUUUUUUUGGAGGUUUCAGUUCUCAUAACACAUAUCAGUGUUAUCACCAAGUGUCAAUGGAGAUUUGUAGUGUACCAUCUUUAACAGUUAAGGAGAUAAUAAUGCCACCAAAACGAAAGAUUGUUUCAAAAUCCAAAACAAGUAAUGAGGACACAGACUUUUCCAAGCUUUCUGUUGCUAAACUGAAAGAGGAAUGCAAACUAAGAAGUUUAGCUUGUGAUGGUAGAAAAGCAGAUCUGAUUAAAAGGUUACAGGAAGAUGAAAGUCAAGGAACAACUUCCAAAAAAAUAAAACAAGAACAGGAUAAAGACAAAACAGAGGAGAAGCUCUCUAUGAAAGAUAAGCUAAAAGCCUUGGUUGAAGAAGAGAAGAAAAAUAAACGUAAAACAUUUCAGGUAGAUUCAAAUUGUCCUCGUUAUAAUUCUGGCAGAGUUGUCGAUGAUUAUGACUGCAUGUUGAAUCAGACAAAUAUUGGUGCAAAUAAUAACAAAUUCUAUGUCAUUCAGUUAAUUCAAGAUGGUGGGAAAUUCUUUCUUUGGAAUCGAUGGGGAAGAGUGGGAGAGUGUGGCCAAAGUGCUAUGAAGGGACCUUUUGAUGACCAAGACUCUGCUGUAAAAGAGUUCCAUAAGAAAUUUAAAGACAAAACAAAAAACAAUUGGGAUGAUCGAAGUGAUUUCAAACCCGCAUCUGGGAAGUAUACUAUGAUUGAAAUGGAUGCUCAAGAUGAAACAGAUAAUCAAAACAUGGAAAAAAAGCUAGCCAACUUGGACUCAACUGAUGGUACACCAGCAAAAAUUACAAAGCCAUGUUGCUUAGAUGCUGCAACACAAAGUUUAAUUAAAUUGAUCUUUGAUCAAGAUAUGUUUAAAGAAGCUAUGUCUCAAAUGAAUAUAGAUGUUAAGAAAAUGCCAUUGGGAAAGUUAAGUAAAACUCAAAUUGCAAAGGGAUUUGAGAUCUUGGAAGAUAUGGAAAAUGAGCUCAAAAAGAAAACAAAGAAUAAAUUACAGGAACUGACAUCAACAUUCUACACGUUAAUCCCACAUAAUUUUGGUAGACAGCGCCCUCCCACCAUCACAGAUGCGGAAACACUGCAGCUGAAAAUGGACAUGUUAACUAUUCUGGGAGAUAUAGAACUAGCCCAAGAUCUGCAAAAAGUGAAAGUCAAGAGAGAGCAGUUAGAAGAACCUCAUCCACUAGAUGUAAACUAUGGUCUUUUAAAGUGUGGCUUAACUCGUGUUAAACCUUCAGAGAAUGCGUAUAAGGUUAUAUCCAAAUAUAUUGACAACACAAAGUCAAGCGGAGGAAUCAAACUGUUGGACAUAUGGGAAGUGGAUAGACAAGACGAGGACAAGCGAUUUGCGGCGCACAAAGAUAUCGAGAAUAGAAAACUUCUUUGGCAUGGCACCAGUGUCGCUGUUGUUGUGGCUAUCUUGAAAAGUGGACUGCGUAUCAUGCCACAUUCUGGUGGGAGAGUCGGACGUGGAAUUUAUCUUGCGUCAGAGCACGCAAAAUCUGCUGCUUAUGUUGGCACGUCAAGAGAUGGUACAGGAAUUAUGUUUUUGAGUGAAGCAACACUUGGUAAACAACACGUUAUAACAAGGGACGAUUCGUCGUUAACAAAACCACCUAAAGGCUUCGACUCUGUCUUGGCUGAGGGACGACAGGAACCUGAUCCGAAACAAGAUACGACGUUAAACCUUGAUGGGAAUGACGUCAUUGUACCGCAAGGAAAACCAGUGCCCACAAAAUCUACAAAUAGUUCUUUUCACCAAAGUGAAUAUUUACUCUACCAAGAAAGUCAAUGUCGAAUUCGAUACUUGUUAAAGUUUAAGUUCCGUUAGAUUAGGUUUUUAUUUUUGACAUGUAUUUUGUUUUUUCAUCUUUUUUGUUUUACUUCAGUAAAACACAGUUAAAGGAUUCAAACUGCUAUAAAGUUGAAUUACAUAUAGAUAGAGGGUGGAUGAGAAUCAUGCCGAAAUUGAAUGUUUACAUUUUUGCUACAGAGACUAGUUGCUUAAGAUAAAAAAACAAAUUAAGCUGGAAAAUAUUUUUCGCAGCUGUGUGUUUUGCUACAUAACUCACAGAUCAUAACUCAGCUAGAGUUAUUAUUAUUAUGUAUAUAUAUACAUCAUUUAUAAUUUUUGUUAUUAUUCGCUUAAUUUUUAUACAUUAUUUUGAUAGUUUUGUUCACUAAAAACAUAUAUUUACCGACUUCUGUUAUGUUACAGGGCCGUGGCGGCCUUGGGGUGGGACGGACAGGUGCAAAAGGUUUUUGUCGAUCUUGGUUAAAAUGGAGACUUGUACAGAGAAUGCAUUUUAAUCCAAUCUAUAGAAGGUUAAAAUAUAAAAUUCUUUGAAUGAA